AACGAUAGAGACCAGCACCACCAUCUCAGAUGAUACGAUGGGAUGCGGGAGGCUGCGAGCAAGUUUCGACUGCUCCAACUUCUCUCUUGAUGACUGCAUCACGAGCAUCAUCAUGCAGACGAACCCCAACGCCUUCUAUCGCAACAUGGCCGCUCGUCAACCCUACAAGUCCGGCGUCUCCUGGUGUGACUUCACGUACCCGGAGCAAGCAGGUCCCAACAACUUGGGGGAGAUGGGAUGGAGGGCAGGGGCUGCAGCCCCUGGCAAUGAAGAUUGGAGGUACUUCUACCGCGAAUCUCCGUGUGUCCGCUGCAGACAAGCACAAGAGAUUUGCAACGCUCUACAAGCAGAGGACAAGAUAGUGAACAACAUUCCUGUUGGUCCUUACAACUUGAGCUUGGGGGAUAAACAAGCAGCCAUCGAGAUCAACCUCGGCUGCUUCGGGGGAGCAGCAGAAGAUGAGUGCUGUGAUGACGUGUCCAACUUUGGAUUGGAGAGCAGCUGGCCGAUGCUGAAGGGCAGGUGCAUCCGAACCCUUGAAAGAUGCGUCAGACCUUCAUCGAGCCAUGUCUGCGCGAGAGACGAUGAUGCCAACGGUGUCUGCUCUGACCCUGCCACUGGCCAACUUCCUCUGUGCACGCCAAGAUAGGUCGAGUCAUUGUUUGUGUAAGACACGAGGCGAUCUAAAUAUGCGCAUAGCAAGUGAACCAUGUUGUAGAGUUUGUGUUGUAGAGAAGUAAAAAUGACUAAAGACUUU